GGGAUCUUGUCACCGGUCUGCAAAGCCUCUCUGCGGACGAUGGGAUUACUUGUCUGGCAUCCGAACUCCGGAAAGCAGCUGUUAGGAGGACUAAAAGAAACUAAAGCUAUAAUUCUUGAUGCUCUUUAAUAAAUCAUCUGAGAGAUACAACGACAGAAAAAUAAAGAGUCUUUAUUUUUCUGUCGUUGUAUAAUCUGUCAGCGGAUUUAUUAUAAUGGUAAGACAUGUUGAAUGUUAGGAAUGACUGCUACUGCAAGCUACCACCUCUAAAGUUGAAACCGUGGCUGAGCAGAAGAGGCGGGAAGAAGCCCAAAGCGAGAUGGAGCGCGCACAGGAAGAACGCGCACGCUUACUGGAAGGAGCUUUGGGGAAAGUCCGUGAAGAUUUGGCUGAGGUAGAGAGAAAACGGGAUAUGGAGAAAGCCCGUGAGGCGCAAAGGCAUGCACAUCAUUAAGAGGGGUCAAAUCCUAAUCUACUAUUUGUGAUUUCAGUUAUCUCAGAUCAUUAAGUACAAAAGGAUAAGGAUUGAUUUUAUCGUGAGCUGGAACUACAGUAGUACACAUCUACGUCUAUCAGGAAAGGCGGGAGGAAACCUUAGUGAUCUACUCCUCCCUGGAGCAGAAGUUUAAUUUCCUCUUCUUCAUCUAUGUCCUCGACGAAAUCUAUUUCAGAUCAUUGAUUGUUGUGACAGCCAUUCUAAAAAUAGGUCGCAGCUUUGCGGACAGAAGUAGACGCUCUCAACCGCUGGCGGCGAGAGCAUGAGGAACAAGCCGUCCGUCGACUGGCGAGAUCGAGGGGUGACAGUGGGGGUGAUCAAAGUAGCCUACUGAGCUCUGCACAAUCUGCAGGAGGAGCAGGUGGAGCGAGCACAGCUACUGGUGUGACAACAGCAACAACAGCUAGUGGACCAAGUGGUGGCGGUAGUGACCAAGGUGGUGCAGGUGCUGCAUCUCUCAACAAUCGAUCAUCUUCUGAGUCAACUUCUUCAACUGAUCCUGACGCCAAAAUACAAGGAAUGAAACUGCGUGAGCUAGAAAAGCGCUACGACUUGCUCAGCAAAAAGUAUACGGAUUUGCUGCAACGACGUGGGGGCGGAGCUUCUGGUGGUCCAUCGAUAGUACUAGGAGGUGACCAUCUCCACCUCAAUACUUCGACUUCUAGUACACCGAAAAACGCGUUAUCAAAAAUAUCUUCGUCCGUAGCAACAUCAUCCGCUACCUUUGCUCCACAACACAGACCUCCUCUUCACAACUCCGGAACUGGAGGACGCAGUACAAGUACAGCACAAAAACGUGCAACGUCAUUGACAAGAUCACUAGCUGGAACAAGUGGAAAUAAUAAUAUGACUUCACCAGCAUUAGACUUUUCGAAACGGGCAUCGCCAAUGCUCAGUCGUGGAGGAUCCUUUAGUGCAGUGUCUAGUACUAAUGACAGUAAUCAUCUACCUCCACGAGGAGGGUGUAGCACGAGCAGCAAUCAAAGACGCAGUUCUGUGCCACGUAGGAAGACAGAUGCUCCGGCUUCAUCUACUAGUUCGACAUCAAGUUCGACAUCGAUGGUCGAACUCGAGCAAUCCCGUCGAAAAAUAGAUGUGCUUGUUGCAGAAGGCAUGAAAGGCCUGAAGAGUCGUGAUCACGAAGAUGAUACGUCGGCGGAUACCGCAACAUCAAGUAGCCUCAAAGAGAUCGAUAACAACAUCUACUGUACUUCACAGAAUUCCUCGCAAGAAAUUAUACAAGAACGAGCUUUUUACAACUCGACGAAGUCAAAAUCAAAAGCCUCAGCAUCACCCGAAGACCACGCGACGACUACUGCAGCUGAUACAGAUGCUUGGUCGUCCUCGUCUGAUGCUGAUGUUGGUGCGGAAGAAGUACGCGUUUUACCGGAUCCUGAAGCUAUGGCAGGAGUUCCUUCUCCCUCGAAAAUGGCAGUUGCCGACAUCGAAAACAUGUUCAUUGCCAAAGGAGGAGCAUCUUCAUCCUCUGCGAGGACCAGUCCUGGUGGAGCAAAACAUCUUCAAGAUCACCCUGCGAUAAAUGCUCACGGAGCGAAGACAAAGCCAUCUCUCUUAGAUGCAGUACGGAGAAGGAUAGACAAGAACAAAAGCAGAGAGACGAGUGAAGAAAGAGUUUCUGUGAUGUUGCCCAGCAGUAUAGGACAAGAUGGGCUGCAUGGGUCGCCACCUAAUGUUCCUAAACAAAAGGCGUCCUCCUCUCCACAGCAGAACAAGGGGUCCUCUCCUAAGCAGAAGAAGGCCUCCGCAUCGCGAAGUAGAUCACGUUCAGAGAGUCCCAAGACAAAGAGUACCAGACCAGACAACAUCGGCAAGAAAAGUCCAAGUAGAGAUAAGAGGAGCAGUAUGAAGUCUCCAGCGAGUAGAGGUAAAAACAUCAACAAAGCACCUCGUCCGAUUGCCAGUCUUCCCAUGACAACACAGCACAGUGGCAGUGGCGCGACAAGUUCAAGUAGUAAUUAUACAAGGGGAGGUGCUGGGACGACGAGUUUGAGGAGCUCCCCCUCUUCGUCUGGCGCUGGGUUUACAACUUCCACUUUAACAUCACAUUACCAGAACAAGCCACCACCACCUACGUCUUCUACAACCUCUGUUACAGGAGUUUCUUCAUCGUCAGUACAUCUAAGUACUUCUUCUAACAACUCAACAACAUCAACAACAUUCGCUUGUUCUUCGCGCAACCGAAGUCCUCCACUAAGAAGGCUCUCAUCCGCAAUGUCCUCAGAGGAAAUCGCUAGACUGGCGAAAGCAGCAGCCGCGGAUCCAAAAGCUUUCGCGUCUGCCUUUGCAGCGAGACCAAUUCCGAGGGGUCGCUUGUCUGGGCCACCUGGAAGUCGGAGGAGAAACGCAAGCCCGCAAUGAAAGCACAUGUUGCCGCAAUGAAGAUGAAAGCACAUGUUGUUGUAUAUGAUUUCUUUUUGUAAUAGAACUUGUACAAGACGUAACUCAACCUGUACAUCCACUUCAAGCACAGGGCUAAUAAUGAAGCUUGCAAUUAGUAUGUAAUAGAAGAACUUCUUGGACACCUGAAGAGAGAAGAGGUCCUUGCCGUUUAGGUGCAGGCCCGUAAUGAAUUCUUUUUGUAGAAGAACUUCGACGAAUCUUCAGGGUCAUCUUCGUCCUUAUCGACGUAAUCUAGAUGUGGAAAUUACUUUUGAUUUUCCACUCACAAGUAACUACUUACGCCUCAUGACUAUGACAUUUCUAUUCUUGUACUAUUACUUAUCUUGAUUAGUUUUAGUGGAACACGACGACCAACUCCAACAAGUCGGUUGACUGUAAAGACGUUGUAGACAAUCUCCUUGUCGUUGUUGUCCCUUGAGUUUAACUUUAUCGAUGCGAUAUGAUAUUUUUCUCCAUGAUUUUAUUCGUUCUACUUUUCUCAAAUGUUCAAACUGGAAGGGUUGAGUUGUGAAUUUUGGGUGAAUUCGAAUUGUUGUUACAACCAGGUGGACCUAGACCUACUCUAGGUCGUACGGGGUCCAUAAAGGCGUAGAGUAAGUAAAAUAUCGGGUUUCGAGUUACUCGAGUUGCAACGAGUUGCUCGAGUUGCCGAAGCGAAGGGCUUCAAUUCUGGAACGAGUUGCCACGAGUUGCCGUAAGGUAUCCGCUUCGCCGGAGUGCGGCGCAGCAGGGCGGCGCGGCCACGGUUUUGGCUGCGUGAAGUGAAGAAGUGGCUGCUUUUGUUGUUGCUCU